AUGCCUCAGCCAGCAGCGAGAGCAUUCUCGCAAAAGGAUCUCCCGCCUUCGGUCGAAACCGCCUACUACCGAAAAUGCAUCGAUCUGCGCCGGCGUAUCAACGACAUUGAAGAGAACAACGAUGGCACAAGGCAACGGAUCCAACGCCUGAACCGCGGGAUCCAGAAGAUGCGCCUCGAGCGCGCCUUUCUGCUUGACCAGCUGCAGAAACAUCAAGAAUACAACAUGGAUGAUUCAGACCGCAGCUCUAGCCCACCGCCAACGCCAACAGACAAGCCGCUUCGCAGCAAGCGCAGCCAAAGGAAAGGCACACCUCCACCUGCUGGCGCGGGCGCACCCCCGGAAAGCGGUGCAGCAGGCCACUCAGGGAUCCCCAGCGCAGCUUCACCGGGUGAGCAUGGCACUCACCACCUUGCCAUCUCACACCCGCACGCCAUAAACCCCAUGUCGAGCGCCCAAAGCACGCCCGACCCUUCACGACACACCAACCCCUUCUUCAGCUCCAUCGGCGCCUCGGCCUCACCGCACGCGUCUCACUCGGCCGUCAACGGCAACCAGAACGCCCUCCCGUCCCUCCACUCCCUGCCAGGUAUGCAGCCACAGGCACAGCAAACGCCCACGCCGCGCGCCUACUUCGACCCAGCGUACGAUGCCGAGCGCCCCACUCCUGCCCCCGUAGAAAGCGACAGCGGGAGACAACGCGCCUACUCCGGAGCUCAACCGCCGCAGCAUGCCGAAGCGCCGCAGAACGGAGACACGGAGAUGCGAGACGCCGGGCUCGCGGCAGUCACCAACAGCAACCAGCAGUAG